UGCAGAGCGACCUCGCGAUUGGCUGGAGCGCGUUUGUUAUUGGUAGUGACGUACGUGAAUUGACGACCCUCCCGUUGUGCGGUGCCUCCGUCUGUGCGCUUCUAGAGCCACGGUCCUCACUUCAGUGUUUAUUUGGUUGUCAUGGCGGAGGGACGUGGAGAACUAUUGCCUCAGCCGCCGCUUCACCUCUCCUUGCCCCCGGCCAGCAAGCGUCCGUGUUUGCGUCCCGCUCCUCGAGGACCGGGUCCGGGGCCUGGCCCGGGAUUCCCGAACUCUCGCUUCCGUUGCCCGGAGUCUCUACUGGACUGCGCCGCGAAGGCCGUAGCGGAGAAAUGGGCCUUCGAGAGGGUGGAGGAGCGCUUCGAGCGGAUCCCCGAACCGGUUCAGCGCCGUAUCGUGUACUGGUCGUUCCCGAGGAACGAAAGGGAAAUAUGCAUGUAUUCGUCGUUUCAGUGCCGAGUGGCGGGUGAAGAGGGUCCGGUAGUGGGCUCGAGCUCGUCCGUUGGAUCUGGUACAGUCCCCGGAGGGGUUACGAACACAACAGGCAGCGCAGGGACGGGGGGUACCGGAGAUGGACUGCCUUUCCGCCGGGGAAUCCGACUUUUGGAAACCGGUUGUGUGGACAACGUCUUACAAGUCGGUUUUCACCUCAGUGGCACAGUCACCGAGCCGGCAACGCAAUCCGAGCCAGAGACAACACAUAAGGUGGCCAUCAGCUUCGACCGCUGUAAGAUCACGUCAGUAACGUGCGGCUGUGGCAACCGAGACAUCUUCUAUUGCGCGCAUGUGGUUGCGCUGUCCUUAUACCGCAUCCGCAAACCCGAGCAAGUCAAACUGCGGCUGCCCAUCUCAGAGACACUCUUCCAGAUGAACAGAGACCAGCUGCAAAAGCUGGUGCAGUACCUUAUCACAGCCCACCACACGGAAGUGCUGCCCACCGCCCAAAAACUGGCAGAUGAAAUCCUGUCCUCCAACUCUGAGAUCAACCAAGUACAUGGGGCCCCGGAUCCCACAGCAGGGGCCAGUAUUGAUGAUGAGAACUGCUGGCACCUGGACGAAGAGCAAGUGAGGGAACAGGUCAAGCAGUUCCUCUCUCAGGGAGGAUACUAUGGCUCAGGCAAGCAGCUCAACUCCAUGUUUGCUAAGGUGAGGGAAAUGCUGAGGAUGCGCGACUCAAAUGGGGCACGGAUGCUCACGCUCAUCACGGAGCAGUUCAUGGCUGACCCGCGCCUAUCUCUGUGGCGACAACAGGGCACAGGCAUGACCGACAAAUGCCGACAACUCUGGGACGAACUGGGUGCAUUGUGGGUGUGUAUCGUGCUGAACCCGCACUGUAAAAGUGAAGAGAAGAGCGGCUGGCUGAGACAGCUGAAGAAAUGGGGAGACAUGGACAUCUGCCCUCUAGAGGACGGCAAUUAUGGCAGUGAGCUGCCCAACAUCACCAACGCUCUGCCACAGAGCAACCUGGCUCAGGACUCACUGGCCCGGCCUAGAAGAACGGUGUUCACGAGAGCAAUGGAGGCCUGUGACCUGCACUGGCAGGAUAGUCACUUGCAGAGAAUCAUCAGUAGUGACUUCUACAUGUCCCCGGCCUACCAGAGAGAGGGAGAGAGCCUGCUCUUCAACCCCCAGGGCCUGCCACUGUGGCUAGAUCACGUGCCUACAGCAUGCGCCAGGGUGGAUGCUCUGCGUUCGCAUGGUUACCCCAGAGAAGCCUUGCGACUGGCUGUUGCCAUAAUCAACACCCUCCGGCUACAACAGCAACGGCAAUUAGACAUAUACAAGCAUCAGAAGAAAGAACUGCUGCAGAGGGGAAUGACCAACACCACCAAUCUGGAGGGCUGGGUGGGCCACCCCCUCGACCCCAUUGGCUGCCUUUUCGCCACCCUCACAGAGACGUGUCGAGUGGAGGAUGACAAUACCAUGGAUACCGGAGAUUCGGGUGAACCCAAGCCUCCAGUGUACCAGCAUGUGCCGGUGUGGGGAUGUCCAGAUGGAGGGGAGUCGUACCUGGCGCUGGCGCUAGAGGUGGCGCUGAUGGGUAUGGGGCAGCAGCGGCUAAUGCCUGAGGGCCUGUACGCCCAGGACAAGGUGUGCCGGAACGAGGAGCAGAUCGUGGCCAAGCUGCAAGAGAUGGAGCUGGAUGAUGUAUUAGUGCAGACACUCCGCAAACAAGCCAUCCUCCUUUUAGAAGGUGGUCCCUUCAGUGGUCUGGGGGAGGUCAUCCACAGAGAGAGUGUUCCCAUGCACACGUUUGCCAAGUACCUCUUCACCGCCCUCCUGCCGCACGACACAGACCUGGCGUACAAACUGGGCCUUCGUGCAAUGAGGCUUCCAGUGCUGGAGUCCACAGCUCCCUCAGGUGAUGUAGGACACCCUCACCAUGGCAUCUCCAUAGUGCCCAGCAGAUAUCCACGCUGGUUCACACUGGGCCACCUGGAGUCUCAGCAGUGUGAACUGGCCUCCACCAUGCUUACUGCUGCUAAGGGUGACAUGUUGAGAUUGCGGACUGUUUUGGAGGCCAUUCAGAAGCACAUUCACUCCUCUUCCCUCAUCUUUAAACUGGCCCAGGAUGCCUUUAAGAUCGCUACUCCUGCAGAUAACCCUCCUGACAUCACACUGCUCAAUGUAGCUCUGGAGCUCGGCCUUCAGGUGAUGAGGAUGACUCUUUCCACACUCAACUGGAGGCGGCGGGAGAUGGUUCGUUGGUUAGUCACAUGUGCUACUGAAGUCGGUCUGAGAGCUUUGGUUAGCAUAUUGCAGAGCUGGUACACUCUCUUCACGCCCACUGAAGCGACCAGCAUAGUGGCAGCAACAGUGAUGUCCCACAACACCAUCCUGCGCCUGAGCCUCGACUACCCACAGCGGGAGGAGCUGGCCAGCUGCGCACGCACCCUGGCCCUGCAGUGCGCCAUGAAGGACCCCCAAAACUGCGCCCUGUCCGCCCUCACCCUCUGCGAGAAGGACCACAUCGCCUUCGAGACGGCUUACCAGAUAGUCAUCGACGCCGCCUCCACGGGCAUGACCUACUCUCAGCUCUUCACCAUCGCCCGCUACAUGGAGCACCGCGGCUACCCCCUUCGAGCCUUCAAACUGGCGUCUCUCGCCAUGACCCACUUGAACCUGGCCUACAACCAAGACACGCAUCCGGCCAUCAACGACGUGCUGUGGGCUUGUGCUCUCAGCCACUCGCUGGGCAAGAACGAGCUGGCCGCCAUCAUCCCUCUGGUGGUCAAGAGCGUUCACUGCGCCACGGUGCUCUCGGACAUUUUGCGGCGCUGCACAAUGACGGCCCCCGGCCUGGCCGGCAUCCCUGGCAGACGUAACUCGGGCAAGCUUAUGAGCACUGACAAAGCCCCGUUGAGACAGCUACUGGACGCCACCAUCAGCGCCUACAUCAACACCACCCACUCUCGCCUCACGCACAUCAGCCCUCGCCACUACGGAGAGUUCAUCGAGUUCCUUAGUAAGGCACGCGAGACCUUCCUUUUGGCCCAAGACGGCCAUAUUCAGUUCGCCCAGUUUAUAGACAACCUCAAACAGAUCUAUAAGGGCAAGAAGAAACUCAUGAUGUUGGUACGGGAACGUUUCGGUUGAUUGCGGGGAACUCGUUCUUCUUUCAUUCUUCAUUUAUUUAAGGCAUUAUUUUAUUCUUCCUUUUUUUGGUCAUCUUUGGUGAAAUUUUAAGUUUUAUUCAUUUGUUUUGAUCUGUUUUCGUCUCAUUUUUUUAUUGUGAACAUUUCCUGUUCACUAAAUUAUUCUACCAGGUCGAACCUGUGGAGGGGAGAAGAAAAAACUGUAAUUAUGACCAUUUAUGUUUUUGUUUUGGCUCGUUCUUGAUUUCGUUUAAUCAAGAUAUUGUGAUAAAAAUGUAAAAGUGGCACAUAAAGAGAAACCAAAUGAUUAUUGUGGUAAAUUUUGAGCGUGGGGGAGGCGUUUGGUUGGUUUUGGAAGGGGCUUGAACACUCGAAUCAAAACGGUCAUUCCUGAAACACUCGCACACAGUGUUAUUUUCAUACCUCGAUCGUAUUUUACAGAUCAGCUUUAACUCUCUCUCUCUCUCUCUCUGGAAAAGGCCUGAUUUAAGAGUGAGACGGGCACAUCACCUCAAACUUACACUCUGCCGAACCUCCUAACCACGACUCGAACGAGCCACAAGAUGUGAGCCCUCCCCUCUCUCCUGUGUUUGUUUCUAGCGGCUCAUCUUAAUCUCUGUUCGAAAAUUCAGCGCGAGGAAGACAGUGUGCUCGGUCCUUCCGUGCUGUUUCCUGGUCUUGCUGAGUUUGAACGAAACAGAGAUAUUUACCCAUCAAUAUCAGCCAUAUAUGUUUCUCUGUUACCUCUCAGUGGAAAAACGAAAACAGAAACAAAAAGACUUGUGUGAGAUUGAGUAGCAGUAAUAAUAUAUAUGUACUAGCACUUCAUUAAAUUCCAUCCCCUACACGACGCAUUCGGAUCAGCAAUUACUUACGUGUACAAAUUAGGUGAAAUGUAUAGAUGCAUUGGACAAAAGCAGAGCGAGGAAUUAGCUGGCUUUAAACUGUACCGUAAUAUCUUCCACAUUCCAUGACCUCCGCCCUCCACAAGUGCCCCAGUGGAUCCGAACACUUAGAAUGCACUCCGCGGCUUCCAUCUGAAGGAAAACGAGAAGAGAGGAAACGAGAAAAGAGAUGCUCAACUCCGUUCUCAGGGAAUCACUUAAAGAAACAAAACAGAAAAAAAAUAGUAGCAUAAGCAUUUAAGAUAUUGUAAAUAUGAAAGUGUCAAUUCAAAAAAUUGUAAAGUUAUAAUUAUUUAUGAUAACUGUAUGUUUUUCUUUUGGGAUACUUGAAUUUGUUGGGCUGGGAAUGUGACGACCGUAAGAGGAAAGACUUCAGAAACAUUUCUCAGGUGCUCCUGUGUACAUUUCUGAUUUACUGUUUAAUUUGUAUCCUCUAUUAUUUUAUUUUUUUGUAAUACAUUUUUGCAAGAGGAAGCAUGUAAAGAAGAAGAAAGGAGAGGACAAAUGUUUAUGAACAGACUAUGCAGAACCACUUCACGAUUUGCCCUCUUCACCCUGAUCUUCCUCCGUCUUUUCUCCUUGUUUGGCUCGGGGGUGGGGCGCUCUCCCAAAAUUCAACCGUUUGUAUCUUGUAAGUAAAGUAAUCUGCACGAGCUUCGAGUUUGGAUGGACUUUGCCUUUAAUCUAUGUACAACUCUUUACUUUGAAGCCUUAUAGUCUUCUCUGAAAGCACUGCAUGUGUUUCAGGACAUUGUGUUGCCAAUGUCAGUGGAGUACAGCACAGAGAAAACGGACCUACACCUUCAACUGGCCCGAACAAGGAUGAAGGGCGUCUGCUAUUCUGUUCUCCUUCGCUUUGACACAGUCCACGUGAUUAUCUUGUAUUGGGGCUUUUUGAGGGCAAUAAGGUCUGUUUUGAGGUUGCGACUUACCAUUGCCUGAUCGAGACUUUGAUAGAUGCUUCAUUAAUGGCUAAAUCUUGAGGAGAUUUCUCUAUGUUGUUGGUUAAGGUCGGUCACUUUCAUUUAAAUGGUUUGCUGGUUUCCACUUUUGGUUAGUUUUGUUCACAGAGGUUUGUUUUCAAAGUUUAUAAUAGCUUGCCUCAACUGUGGCAUACUCGAACCGCAAGGUGUUAGUCACGUUAUGCAGCCCUUGUUCCUCAACCAGCUCCGUCAGGGAGCUCAGUGGACGGACCUGAGAGAAAGCUCACAGAUUAGGGAAAUUUCUUUUUUUUUUCUUUUCUUUUUUUUUUUUUUAUAAACACAUCUUCAGAAUGAUAAUAGUGCUGCCUGUUCGAUUAAAAAACAAUAAAAAUAUAUAAAAAAGUAAAAAAAAAACAAAACAAAAAGGUAAAAAAACGAGCAUUUUCUGUAGCUAACUAGUUGGUCCAAUGGCAUUGCAAAAAGAGAAUAACCUCCUCUGGCUUUUGAUUUCUCUCUUCCAUACUCUUAAGUGUCUGUAUGUGUUAACUGUACCAGUGUUUUGAUCUGUCCCUAGAGUUUAGAAGGAAAAAAAUAAUCGCUGGUAGAGAUUGUUCACUAGUUCAUCUACUGUUUGAUUUUGUUUCGUUUUAAUUUAAGGGAAAGUGUUUGUCGCCUCUUUGUGCUACUGAAUUAUAAAAAGGUAUCCAGUAUUUGUUGCCACAAAAGUAUAGUUCAUCAACACUUUUUGUUUGUGCAACCUCUUGAGCUAAUGUCUAUAAACAAAAAUUUAUUACUAUUUAUGUAAUGCUACUACCAUUUUAUAUGAUUUGUGUUGAAUUUCAGUGCUUUUCUAUGAAUAAAGUGUGAAACACGU